GAAAUUCAGUGUGACAUCAGAGCUGAGAGUGAACCGGCGGCAUUCCAGCAGCGUCGACUCGUCAGUAUCAAAACAUACCAGUUUAUCACAGCAGCACGGAAGUCACAAUUCUUCCCCUUUGUUAAACUCUUUGGUUUGUAAUGGCGAUUGACUGAAAGGCUCCUCUUCAUUGAAGGCUGUUCGCGAGACCGCUGUAGCCCACCAAACUCAUCUCACCUGGACGCGCACGCGCGCCAACUUUGGCGAUGGAGCGUAAAUUAGGGCACAGGAGACAGGGGAGCAUUGAGCUGUUAGAGGCGAUUGGAGUUGUAAAUGAGAAUGGCAUUGUAAACCCAUCUAUGCCACCAGUGCCGACCCCUCUGUCAUUUGAUUAUGUGCUGGUUGCAAAAACCUCUGGUGGUAAGGAGAAACACCACAGUGGAAAACUGAUAGCUUUUAUUGAUGCUUUGAAAGCCAAGAAAUUGACGAUACGUAAAUUCAGAGAUGAUGAAAAAAUGUAUUUUUGCAUCAGAGCACCAAAAGUGAUCUUUGAGACGUACAGGUAUCUCCUAAAAGUGUCUGAUGCCUGUAAUUGGAGUUGUGAGCAGCAGGGUACAAUACCUCAAUCAACCAGGAUUCGUAUUGUUGAUUUUAUACUGCAUCACACUAGCAUUAAUUCAGACGGUGUAUCGGAAUAUCUGCCAGAUCUCAUGAAACAAAAAGUUUUUGAGACUCAUUUCUGCUUACAUGAGAAAAAAGACCAAAGGGAGCUAAAGCAAAGCUGGGCUCGAUGGUCCGCUUGUUUUCGGGGACAGCCAAUAACCAACGUCAGGAACUAUCUUGGUGAGAAGGUGGCACUCUACUUCCUGUGGCUGGGUUGGUACACAUUCCUGUUGAUUCCUGCUUCUGUGAUUGGUCUCAUAGUUUUCUUAUAUGGCCUGGCCUUCUUCAGCACAAGUCCUCUUAUACAGGAGGUGUGCCAUUCGGACACAAUCAUGUGCCCUCUGUGUGAUAAAACAUGCAAUGUGUGGAAGCUUUCUGACACCUGCAUGUAUGCAAAGGUGAACCUUCUCUUUGAUAAUGAGGGGACAGUGGCGUUCGCCAUGUUUAUGGCAGUGUGGGCCACUGUGUUUCUGGAGUUCUGGAAACAUCACCGGUCCUCUUAUGUGUCUGCGUGGAGAGUCUUUGACUGGUGUGAAGAGGAGGAGGAGUUGAUACUGGAGAUCGUGAAUAAUGAACACUGUCAACCCAAGAUUCAGAGACAUUAUUAUCUACGCUCUGCUAUAGUUUUGGUUUUAGUCACACUUAUGUUGUUGGUGAUCAUUGGUUUAACUCAUGCCCUGGUGGUGUUCAGAGUUAUAGCAACAGUACUGUUGGCUGAUCACAGUUCCUGGACGGUCAUUAGUGAGAACUCACAGACAGUUGCCCUGAUGCUCGGAGCUGUGCUUCACUUUCUCACCAUAACUGUCAUGACUCGGGUGAAUUGUAAAAUAGCCAUGAAGCUGACUGAAAUAGAGAAUAAGCACUCUCAAGCCUCCCAUGAAAGGGGCUUCACUGUGAAGAUGUUCAUAUUCCAGUUCUUCACUCUCUUCUCAUCUCUCAUUUACACAGCGUUCUUUCUGGGAAGGAUUAAUGGUCACCCUGGAGGAUAUGUAAGGAUAUCAGGCAAGUGGAGAUUGGAGGAGUGUCAUCCAAGUGGCUGUCUGACAGAUUUGUUUAUUCAAAUGUCUAUUAUCAUGGUGCUUAAGCAGACCUUCAACAACAUCUUUGAAUAUUCUGGCCCCUGGUUCAGAGGCUGGUUAAAACGGAAAGAAACUCAGAAGCUGAAGAGACGGUGCAUUAAAUGCUAUAAAAAGGAGUGUAUGAAUCCAAAAGUAGGAUCUGACCUGUGUGACAACUGCCACCUUGAAAACCUUUACAGGAACUACGGACUCAAUGAAACGGAUUGUUUCAGCCUCUUUUACGAGUUCUUGGAAAUGGUCAUACAAUUUAGUUUCACCACUAUAUUUGUGGCAGCAUUUCCUUUGGCUCCAUUGUUGGCGCUUCUAAAUAACAUCAUUGAGAUUCGACUGGAUGCUAUUAAGAUGGUCAGUCUUGAACGCAGACUAGUGCCAACAAAGGCAAAUGAUAUUGGUGUCUGGACAGAUGUGCUAGAGGCCAUUGGUGUUCUUGCUGUCAUUGCCAAUGGACUGGUCAUAGGUAUAUCUUCAGAUUUUAUUCCACGCCUGGUUUACCAGUACUACUAUGGGCCUUGUGCAAUCAGCAAUACUACAGGCAUUGACUGCAUGGUUGGAUACAUAAACAACACACUGUCCACAGCCAGUAUAAAAGAUGAGAGGGUCCGUAAAGAUUUCUUAUUUAAUCAGAUGAUCACUAACAGCGGCAAAAGUGUCACACACUGCAGCUAUAGAGACUAUAGAAGUAACGAAGACUUCAGUUUAACAAAUCAGUUUUGGGUUAUUCUGGCGGCACGAUUAGUCUUCAUCAUUCUGUUUGAGCAUGUUGUGGUGAUCUUUAAGUGUGUAGCAAGCUGGUUUGUCCCAAAUCCACCACUGGAUGUGAGAAAUGAAAGACGCUAUGAUAAACUCAAUCGUUUGAAGGAAGAACUGAGAGCACAAAGAUCACACCAGGACACUUUCACCAAACAAAAUGAACAUGAUAAUGACAUAAGAACAUUUAAACAGAGAAAAACGAACAAGCUCAAUAGUAUGUGAGCCACACCUUAAAGAGAGUUCACCCCAAAAUGAUAAUUUUAUCAUAAAUCACUUACCCCGUGACGUUCUAAACCCCAAGUCCUUCGAUUGUCUUCAGAACACAUUUUUUGGAGAUGUUUUUGAUGACAACUGGAAAGCUUCUAUCUGUCCCAUUGACUUUUGUUAGUUUCACAAUUAUUUUCCCCAGAAAACAAUCAAAAGGCGUUGACAAAAGUUCCAUGUUCCAACAGUAGUUCCAUUAUAAUAUUAUGAAGCAAUGAGAAUACUUUUGUGCACAAAGAAUACAAAAGGAACAAUUUUAUUCAACAAUUGGUUUUCCUCCUUGGUUGUUCAGUGCGUGUUCAUGAGCAAACUACA